AUGCGCCCACUGCUGGUCCGCAUCAUAGACACGCCGCAGUUCCAGCGUCUCCGCUUCAUUAAGCAGCUCGGGGCGACGUACUUUGUGUAUCCCAGAGCCUCCCACAACAGAUUCGAGCACUACAUUGGUGCUGUCUUGGCUAUCAACCCCCCCUUAUUCACACCUCAGGAGGAGGACCUCAGCCGAAGCGUUUGUCCAGAGGUGUUCACGGACCUGGAGACGAGCCUGAGAGGCACUGCUUCAGUCUACAGCCAGAAUGAAGCAGCAAGCAUCACCGCACCGCAUCAAGGCCCCCCAUCACCGCCAGGGUCAGAAGGUGUGGUUAUCUUCGCGGGAUAUCCCCUUAAAGGUGGACUCCUGCAAGCUGGCACCACGUUACAUUGGACCUUUCCCCAUCACCAAGGUGAUCAGCCCUUCAGCAGUGCGUCUAAAACUACCCCCACCCUUCGCAGGGUCCAUCCUACAUUCCAUGUGUCAAGGAUUAAGCCCUUCAUCUGCAACCCCCUGUGUCCCGCCCCGAAGACCCCUCACCCUCCCCGUCCCAUCGCUGGCUCGGAGACCUUCACUGUGUGCCAGUUACUGGACGUUCGACGCAGCUGCCGUGGACUGCAAUACCUCGUGGAUUCGGAGGGCUAUGACCCCGAGGAAAGGUCCUGGAUCCUUCUCUCAUCAGGGACUUUCAUAAAAGCCAUCCUGUUCCGCUCCUUGAGAGAUCAAGACAAAUUCAGGAACGGUAUGAGUUCCAACCAGCAGAACAAUGCUGAAGGAAAGGUGUUCAACGACCCGAUCCACGGCCACAUUGAGAUGCACCCACUGCUGGUCCGCAUCAUAGACACGCCGCAGUUCCAGCGUCUCCGCUUCAUUAAGCAGCUCGGGGGGGGGGGUCACUUUGUGUAUCCCGGAGCCUCCCACACCAGAUUCGAGCACUCCAUCGGUGUGGCACAUCUGGCAGGAGAACUGGUGAAAGUCCUGGCUAGGCGCCAACCGGAACUUCAGGUUGAUGAUCGGGAUAUCCUGUGUGUUCAGAUCGCUGGACUCUGCCAUGAUCUAGGUCACGGUCCUUUUUCGCACUCGUUUGAUCAGAAGUUUAUCCCCCAGACACAAGGAUCCCUGGAAUGGCAGCAUGAGGAUGCUUCGAUAACGAUGUUCGAAUACUUGAUUUCCUCCGAUACUUUAAAAGAUUGGCUGGAAAUAUAUGACCUGGGGUCACAAGAUGUGACAUUUAUAAAGGAACUGAUCAAAGGUGCAGAAGAAAAGAAAAAGGAAGAUAAUGUAUGGCCGUACAAGGGUCGUCCUAAGGAGAAAAGCUUUCUGUAUGAAAUCGUUGCCAAUAAGCGAACUGGGAUUGAUGUCGAUAAGUGGGAUUAUUUGGCCAGGGACAAUUACCAUCUUGGAAUCCAGAACAACUUUGAUUAUCAAUGCAUCCUGAAGUAUGUUCGAGUCUGUGAAGUCAACAAUAUGAAGAUCAUAUGCGUUCGAGAUAAGGUAGUUGGCAACUUAUAUAACAUGUAUAACACACGUUAUAAUUUACAUCGCACGGCCUGUCAGCACAAAGUGGCCAACAUCAUUGAGAGCAUGAUCACGGAAGCAAUGGUGUUGGCAGAUCCACACAUCCUGAUCAGCGGCUCGGGUGGGAGGCAGUAUAGAAUGUCAACAGCCAUUGGUGACAUGGAGGCUUACACCAAACUCACAGACAGUAUCUUUGAACAGAUUCUGAAUUCCUCUCAAACUGAGCUGGAAGAGGCACGGACAAUCCUGAACAACAUCAUAAACCGCAACCUGUACAGAUGUAUUGGGCAGACACAGGCUGAACAACGGAAAACUAUUGAACAGGAGGAGAUUGCUGAGCUGAAGACUAAAUUGGUUGAAGCUGUUCUCUCAGAACAAGUGGGUGUUGAAGUCGAGGCAAAAGAUUUCAUUGUAAAUGUUAUUUCAAUGAACUACGGGAUGCAAGAGAAAAACCCCAUUAAUAAUGUUCGAUUCUACCGCAAGAAUAACCCUGACAAGGCCUUCAAAAUCAGCAGAGAGCAGGUAUCUCAGAAUCUACCAGAGAGGUUUUCAGAGCAGCUGAUCCAAGUGUUCUGCAAGAAGACCGGCAAGAAGUGUGUGGACGCUGCAGAGAAAUGCUUUGCCGAGUGGUGUAAGACCAAGGAAUUACCCAUGCCAUGGGAUAGUGAUGAUACUGACUCUGCAGCGGUGUCAGGAUAAGCCCAGGAGUGACGUUCAAUCACAUCGUCAGGCGUGGAGCGAUAAAGCUGUUUAAGUAGAAAGAGAAUGUUGUAGCUUUUCAAGUAGGAAGGGUGGGGAAUUUCCUGUGCAUCAUGCAAUUGUUUUAUUUCUCGUCCUUGUUGGUUUAAUCUCCUAGUUUCCUUGGUUCUUUUCUGAUUCCCAGUUUACAGAGUGUUUGCUUCAAUGGUGAAAAGAAAACUUCAUGCAAAGAAAUUGAAAUCUAAAUGACUUAGGAGCAAGUUAGUUGAGAAGAAUUGAUUUCUUUUUCAACACAAUAUCUUCUUAAUUGAUUGCUCCCUGUUCCAUUUGGUACCUAACCUCAAUCUGUAAACCUUGUAGUUUGUGUCACCAUGCAGAACAUUGCAGAAUGUGGAAUACAUUAUUCACAAUAAACAUAUCUUUAGUUCACCCCCCCCCCCACCAAAUUUCUGCAGGGAUAGCUCCCACCCUCUGUGAUUCCCUUGUCCAUUCUCCCUUCCCACUAAUUUCCCUCCAGGCACCUAACCCUGCAAGCGUCCGAAAGGCUGGACCUGCCCAAACACCUCCUCCUCAAUUCAGGGCCUUAAACGGUCCUUCCAGGUGAGGCAACACCUCACUUGUGAAUCAGAUGGGUUGUCUAUUGUAUCCGGUGCUCCCGAUGAGGCCUCCUCUACUUUUAAGACCCAUCAUAAAUUGGGGGGCUGCUCCCUCAAACACUUCCGCAUCGUCCACCACAGGCAGGACUUCCUGGUGCCAAAACUUCUUAAUUCUGAUUCCCAGUCUUGUUCCAACACCUAAAAUGCCUCCCACUUUGUUGUGCUAAGCUGAGGUCACCGUCAGGGUGGAGGAGAUACACCUUAUAUUCCUACUGGGAAUUGAGGCGACAUUUUGCUAUUGCACUUUUUAAUAAUGGUCACUGGAAUCACUUGUCAUUUAACAUACUCAGGAUGUUUUUAACUUGUCAAAAGGCAGCUGGAUUUGCACUAUAGAAAUCAGAGCACUAAACACAUUUUAUGCAAAUACCUUGCCCAUAUAUGUGGGGUUAAAAGUUAUGAUUUGUGGCUUUUAUAUACUUUAAACCUGUUAAAAUUCAAGCCAAGCUUAGUUUCUGCUGCCACUUCGUUGGCCACUUACUGUUCAAUCAUUACAGGGUGAGAAUGGACCAGUGUUUCCAGGUUUCUUUGUAGAACAGUAUGGAUUUCUGACCAAUAAUGGAGAGUUUUCAUGUUUAAAUUAGGCUUAUUGUUUGAGAGUUCUCAAUUAAUAUAAUCACAUAAUGAUGAGAUAUCAUUUGUAGACUCAAAUAGGAACACUGUAGAUAAGUAUUCAGAUCGUCCCGUGUACUACCCUUCAUUGUCAAACCCUACAUAACCUGCUUCAUUCCCAGCUCUGAAAUACAAGCUCAUCCGAUUCUUCACUCCUCAUGACGUGGGGAAUUUUGUUCAGAUAUCACAAACAUCUCAUCCUUGCGGAAAUGGAAACUAGUCAACAUUGGAAGCCAAAUUCUCAAAGACUGCACAGUUAUUACUCAAUCUGAGGUGCUUAGUGUCCAAGGGGAUAAGUGUGAAGAUUAUAGGUAAGGUCAGUCCUUUGUCCUGAAUCGUGUUUUCAUGUAGUGUAAACUAGUGCAUACAGACACUGGUUCCUUAUUGCAAGUAACUUUAGCCAUCUGCGCCCACCAUCUUCUCACAAGCUUAUUUUAGUGUAAAUAUAGCAUUGUAUGAAAGUGAUAAUGAGAAAUAUACAAGUAGUACAUUUGACAAAAGGAUUUAGUAAAUCACAUUCAAAAGAAGGAAGACAUUUUGAGCUUUUGUGAAAUUCAUGGAGUAGAGGAAAUGGAAGGACAGAACUACUUCUGUGAUUGACUUGCAACUAGAAAGUCUGGUGUCCUCACUGAUAAUUCCUGAUGGGUGUGAAUGAUGGACAACUGCUCCCCACUCCAUCCUUUCCCAGAUUAGCAUGGAAGUUCAUUUAGUUGCUUUAGCAAAGCAUGUGGGAGAAAGGAGAAUGUGCUGAUUGGCCAACACAAGAAUUUUGUGGGUGGUCUGAAUGAUAACAGGUCAGGUUUGUAGACAAUGCAAAUACACUGUGGUGUUCAAUCGAUUACUGAGGAGCUGGUAAUGUCUCUGAUUAUGCUGUCCAUGGUCCUGUUGACAUUUAGUGGGGAGCUGAGGUUCUUUGUCUCCCCGACUCCAAAUAGUCUCAGGCGAAUUUAACUCUACCUUAUAAAUGUGAGUUGUUUACUGGAGCUCAGGUGUUCCCCAGGUGAAGUCGGCCUAUACCCAAGAGGGGUAGAGAAAGAGAGAGAGAGAGAGAAAGAUGCAAGAAUGGAUUCUGCCAAUCUGCUUGCACAAUUUAUUGCGAGAGGUGGGAGGGUAUUAUCUCUGGUGAGGUACAGGCUGCAACACUGUGCAAUAAAUUGCCUUAUUGAGGUAUUUCAGAGGUAAAAUAGAUGUAGAAGUUUUCUGUGAUUGGACAACUGAAUGUCAUUUCACUCCUUUUUCUUUUAUUUUUCUUCAUUUAAUUGGAUAAUGAAAAUCCAGUUGUAUUUGGUGGUAAAUAUGUACUUUGAUAAUAAAGUUAUUUUGACAUUCAGUUUACUUCGGAUACUGGGAAAUAUUUUUGUGACAUUUGAUAUUAGAUCACAUAACUCCAUCAGCCCUGUUUAAAAGGUCUCUCCUGGAGUGAGUUUGCAUAAUCAUUUAGACAUUAAUUGUGUUUUCUUUGUCAUAGUGGAAUAUUUAAUGUUUUGUCUGUUUCUUGAAUUAUAUGGUGAUACAGUUAAUGACAAUGGAAUAUCAAUAAAGUUGGGCUUGUCU